UUACCCCCCAAAACUCAAAAUACUUUCAGCUUCCCAGUUCCUACCACUAAUACUAACCCGUUAUGCAUUUUCCUGAUCGAUGAAUUCCUCGGAGCAAAAUUCUUCACGCUUCCUGAUAUUGAGCAAAAUUAGGGUUUCUAAUUUCCUUUGAAGGCAAAUUAGGGUUUUCAAUUGAGUGGAAGGAUGCGAGAGUUGCGUAGUGGAGUUCGAAGAGGUCGUUCAGCAACAAAAGCGGCAAUAGAAGAAGUACAGAGAAGUCUAGCUGAUCAAGGUAGUAGUGCAAUAGUGAUUCGAAGAAAGAGAACAUCGAUUAAGAAUAACAAACAACAACCAGAAGUAGAGCAGCAGCAACAACACGACGAUCAUGACAAUGUUGAUGGUCGGGAGCUAGAAGCCAGGUGUUUUGAUGAAAUUCGUGGGAAUGUUGUUGAGAUGGAGGAUUAUCAUGAUGCUGAAGAAAAUAUGGAAACAUGCAAUGCUCCUGCAGCUGAAGAACUGGAGGAGGAAGCAUAUACGACUUCUACUCCCUUUGAGGAACCCGCCCUUCUUCGCACCCGGCUUGAACUUCACGCACGGUCGGCUACUGCUCAAAUUGUUCUUACUGCCAAGAAAAGGUAUUUGGAGAAGGGACCGCGGAGGCAAACAAGACUGCUUCACGAAUCAUCAAGUAGCUAUGAGAUGGAUGGCGAGACGCUGGAAGGAUCUGUUUCUCUUGCUGCUCCAGAAUGUGAAGUUACAAACCAAAACUGUGAGAUGUACGAUCACAAACACGAAGGAUCAGUUCCUGUUGAUAUUCCAGAAUGUGAAACUGCAAAGGAUGUUGUGGUUGAUAGCAUCAACAGCAAAAAGAAGAAAAAAGAUAAGGUGGUUCAGACUUCCAAUGCGGCACCUGUUGGUAUGGCAGAGGAUGAGAUGCAUUGGGCAACAAGAUCAUUAGGCAAAAGAAAAACCUCGGGAACCGUCGCCGAGCAACCCAACAUGGAAGAUCACCUUAUAAAAGCAGAUGAAGAAUAUGAAUUGAGAGGAGCUGGAAAGUUUGUAAGUCAACCCGCCUUCUUUCAAAAGCCUAAUCGUCAAGCCCUCAAAAUUGCUGCUAAAUUUCAUGAGCAACGAAAGCUGGUUGAAAAGGAGUGGGAAGAAGAGACAGUGUCCCGUUUACGAGUGGAAGAUCAACUCUUGAAUACUCAGAACAUGGUCUCACGGUUAGAGGAGACGCUCGCCAACGUCAUGCAAAACGAUGAACUGAAAAAGCAAGUAAACAAUGGGUCCCUAGUUUGUGAUGGGAACAUCGAAGUGCCGAUAAUGGCUGUAAGAACUCCACUUAGAGGCACUGGAAAGUUUGAAACUCAGGCGGCCUUCUUUCAGAAGCCUAAAUGUCAAGCAGUUAAAGUUGCUGAUAAAUAUGAGCAACGAAAGCUGGCUGAGAACGAGUGGCAAGAAGAGAGAGUUUCCCGUUUACAAGUGGAAGAUCAACUUUUGAAUACUCAGAACAUGGUCUCACGGUUAGAGGAGAUGCUUGCCAACUUCAUACAAAACGGGAAGUCGCCGACGUCGAUUUCUAACAAACUCCCCUUAAUAAACUGUGGAAACUUGGGAAAGGAUCUUGCAUCAGUGUCCACCAUGCUCCCCACUAACAAUAACGAAGAUUUGGGGGUUGAGCCUGCAUCAACAGCUACUCUGGUCCCAGUAAACAACAGUAGGAAUUUGGAAGAAAGGCUUGCACCGACUUCCAAUAGAGUCUCCAUAAACAACAAAGUGAAUUUGAGGGAAGGGCCUGCAUUGACUUCCACUAGGAUCCCCAUAAGCAACAAGGAAAAUUUGGGGAAAGGGCCUGUAUCGACUUCUACCAGGGUCCAGCUAAAGAACAAUGAAAGUUUGGGAACCUCUCCUGCGUCAUCUUCUGACAGAGCCAAUUCAAACAACUACGAACCUUCGACAUCGGGCAGAUCUCAGUCUAGGGUUUGGAGAAAUGAUGAGGAAAACGUACCUGUUGCUCAAGUAAAUUCAUCAAGGCAUGUAGCCAGAUCUGUGAAGGAUUCGAAUGUCUCACCCUUCCAGAGGUUCUAUAACAGCGCGUCUCAAAAAUUGUCUGGCAGCAUUCCUUUCAUAUCAGUACCAGUAGAUGCGGCAGUCUUUGGUACCGAGAUGGAGCUUUAUCUUGACCUGGAUGAUUUUCGAUAUAUUUGCCAUAUGGAACAUUUGUCUGAGAAUUGCAUCAUGGCAUACAUUAGGAACCUCUACGAUGUGUUAACGGAGAGAGGGAUUCAAUACAAAUAUGAAUUUAUAAACCCUGCAUCAGUAAGCGCUGCAAAAGAUGCUGAUUUGUCAAAAAUAAUAACUUCAAGAUUGAUGAAUACAAAUUGCGAUUGGGUUUUCAUUCCUGUCAAUCCAGAGGGGGCACAUUGGCUUCUUAUCGCAAUAAAUAUGGUCGCUAUGAGUUGCUAUUGGCUGGAUCCAUCGGGGCUCCCAGCUCGAUAUAACAUCAAACCCUUUGUCACUUUUGGUCUGAAAAGGCUUGCAAAAAGAUGGAGUGAGGUCAUCACCAAUUUGUGUCCGAAACAGAAAAACAGUGUGGAAUGUGGGUUUUAUAUAAUGAAGUUUAUGAGGGAGAAAAUUGAUGAGCCAAAAAUGUUUACAAAGAGCGAGCCUUUCCUUAAAUCUACGUAUGAGCAGGAUGAAAUCGAUGAAGUGAGACUUGAGUGGAUUCAAACAGUAGAGGCGUAUGUUUAAGUAUGCGUUAUUCAUUUAAAAUAUUUUGAUGUUAUUCAUUUAAAAUAUUUUGAUGUUAUUCAAAAACUUGGUUUUUUGAUGAGAAGGUUAAAUUAUAUUAACUAGCAAACAUAGUACAAUAAGUGCGAAUUUCAUUUUUAUCAAGAACAAUGGAAUAAAUGCUAGAUUUCUGGA